AUGGAUCGUGUGUGUGUUAUAGACACGCUGUACAUCUUCGGCGAUAAUAACUUCACUGAAUGGUGUGCUCUGUUCGAGGAGUACGAAGCCCCACCCUACGGUCUUCCACACACCAGACUAACGUACAGCUUCGGCAUCGCAGGUCCUGGUACUGGUGUUCCGUUCCACUGGCACGGUCCUGGCUACUCUGAGGUCAUCUAUGGUAGAAAGUGCUGGUUCCUGUACCCUCCUGAUCAAGCUCCCGAGUUCCCCCCCAAUCAUACAACGCUGAUGUGGAUCAAACAUUCCUACCCCAACCUGGAGGAACACAACACACCACUGGAGUGUACCAUUCGACCAGGAGAGGUGCUGUAUUUUCCAGAUCGAUGGUGGCACGCUACACUGAACUUGGACACCAGCGUCUUCAUCUCCACCUUCCUGGGCUGA